ACAAUGGCAGACGAAACCCUCUGACAGAUCAUAGAGCCUAGAGGACGACCGUGGGGACUGGAGAGACAUGUCGAAGUUUUUUUUUUUAAUUUUUUUUAGUAGGAAGUUUUUUAAUUUGUUUUAUGUAUAGUGAAACAGCCCAAGACGGAAAUGGCUUCUCCCACUGCGGUAAUGGAACAGCCUAACAUGGAAAGUGAUUCAGGGGAUACUUCGGUUGCCCAACUUCAAGAAAUUGUCGUCCCUCCUUCCGAAGAUCAGCAUACAGGGGAUGCUUCGGCUGCCCAGCUUCAAGAAAAGACCGUCUCUCCUUCGGAAGAUUCACAGACAGGGGAUGCUCCGGUUGGCCAACUUCAAGAAAUUAUCAUCCCUCUUUCGAGAGAUCCGCAGACAGGGGAUGCUUCGAUUGCCCAGCUUCAAGAAAUUAUCGUCCCUCAUUCGGAAGAUCGGCAGACAGGGGAUGCUUCGGUUGCCCAGCUUCAAGAAAAUGCCGUCCCUCCUUCGGAAGAUUCGCAGACAGGGGGUGCUCCGGUUGGCCAGCUUCAAGAAAUUAUCAUCCCUCCUUCGAGAGAUCCGCAGACAGGGGAUGCUUCGGUUGCCCAGCCUCAAGAAAUCAUCGUCCCUCUUGCGGAAGAUCGGCAGACAGGGGAUGCUUCAGUUGCGAAGCCUCAAGACAUUGUCGUCCUUCCUUCAGAAGAUCUGCAGACAGGGGAUGCUCCGGUUGCCCAGCUUCAAGAAAAUGCUAUCCCCUCUUUGAAAGAUGCGCAGAGAGGUUUUAUUUAAUUCACAGUUUAUUUAUCAUCUUCAUCUGGCCUAAGCAAUAAUUACUGGAUAAUAAUUAAUUAGUAUAUUA